CUCCUCGCGAUUUCGUCCGACGUCGGUUUCACUCGCGGCGAUCGGCGGUGCGGGGUUCCGGAGGUCGCGCACCUCCCGCCUCCUCCGCCCUCCGAGACGGAGCCGGUCCACGAGCGGCGAGCCGCGGCGAUUCAGUCGUCGAGCGGAUCGCGUCGACGGCGGUCGGCUCUGCGCCUCGGAUGUCGCGUAAUUGAUCGAACGCAGCGCGUGCCGAGUGCCAGCCCGGUCCGACUCGCGUGCUGACUGUACCUCCGUACGCAGUACAGUGUACAACGUCGCGGCGCGCUCUCUCGUGCGUGCUUCCGUCCCGGGAGUGUUCGGAUCCGGCGGUGCGUCGGCGACGGUCACGACCGACGAGCUGACGACGUCGCUCGAAAAUAGCGUGCGUUAUCAUCGCGACCUCGAACGUCGAGACGAGAUAGUGCGAGGUCGGCGGCACCUGCGCCCGCCGCGCCGCGCCCCACGUGCAGCGCCGGGCCGCCGUGCCGCCGCGCGCCGCCCGCGCAGCGCCGCACGCCGGUGCAGCGAGCAAUUAGCCGAGUGUCCGCACCGGCCGCUCCCUGCACCCUGCACCCUGCGCCCGCCGCGCACUCUCUCGGCCUCCUCUCGGCGGCUCGCGCCCCUCCGCCACAUUUCUGAGGGAUAUACAAUAAUUCAGUAGCCGAUCGCUAACAGUAACUGCACUAUGAACAAGUGAAUAAAACAAUUGUGAACUGUAAAUAUUAAGUAAAAUGUUGAGGACACACAUGUGCCAAUGACAAUGAGGCGUCACGUGCGCAGUUAACGAACGCUUCGGCCCAUCGUAGAAUGGGUAUACUCAUGGAAACGACCGAAGUGAAACCGGGCACUGGUGGUUGCCGGCGUCGGCGAGCGGAGGCGCAACUGUUCGGCGCGAUGGCCGCGCCAGGCGAGUACUACGCGGACACGCUGCACACCAUCGCCAUCAACACCAUGGAAACGGAGUUCGGCAGCAUCGUGGAACCGAUCCCGAUCACGCUGAAGGCGUACAAGCAGUACCAGCACGCGCACCUCAACGGCUACGGGUUCCCGCCGCCGCUGCUGGGCUCGCUGGUCGCGCCGCCCGCGCUGCCCACGCUGCCCGACACGCUGCACGACGCGCCCACCACUUCAACCUUCAACUCCACCGUCGCGGCCCCGCCUCAACAAACUAAACCCCCUGAAAAGGUCACCAGACCUCCGCCUAAGAAAAAAUGGAUUAAAGAAUAUUUAGAGGAGGAGCCGAAGUCGCCGGUGUCGGUGCGAGUGGUGACGGGGGUGCCGGUGUCGGCGCGCAGCAACGGUGUGGUGAGGCCGCCUUCGCCGCUGUCGGUGGUGCCCCCCUGCCCGCCGGCGCCCGUCCUCGCGCCCGCACCCGCUCUGGUGCCCGAGCCGGCCCCCGCGCCCGUCACGGCACUUCCCCCCGCGCCGCUCCUCGAUUUCGCACAAGAACAUUCCAGGCCGCGUACGACGAGCAACAGUCUUGGGCCGUCCCAGAUCCCCUCCCCGCCGUCAGUAAGCAGCAGCGGUAGCGGCAGCAGCGUCGGCAGCACGCCGCGCGCCGGCACCCGCGAGGUGCACAACAAGCUCGAGAAGAACCGACGCGCCCAUCUCAAGGAGUGCUUCGAGUUGCUCAAGCGGCAGCUCCCAGCCACGCCAGAUGACAAGAAGACUUCCAACCUGUCAAUACUGGGCUCCGCAAUUAGGUAUAUACAGGUGCUUCGUCGCAAGGAGCGUGAAUGUGAGCAUGAAAUGGAAAGGCUGGCGCGUGAGAAGAUUGCGGCGCAACAGAGGCUGGCCGCGCUCAAGAGAGAGGUGUCGGUGCGCGCCACGGUUCGCCCACGGAGUAUUGACCCAAUCUGUGAUGACAAAGAUAGAGAUGAACCUAUCAACGGACAAUUGUUAGGAAUUCCCAUUAGUAUUAACAGUUCACCACCUCGUUCCGCCGCUCAAAUGGAGGCUUCGCCGCCGCGUACUCUUAACCUGAGUACUAAGUUGCGCACGCUGCCCGCGCUACCCAUACAAAUAACUCCGACCACCUCGCAGGUGGUGCGGACGUCGUACGGUACAAGACACAACACGUUGACGUUAACUACACUAGCGCCAGCGGAACCGACGACGCAACAAAACGGGCAGCCUGUGGAGAAUGGUGUCACAAACACAUUGAGCACUCUGGUGCAUCCAGCUCAAAUACAUUUACCGCUCUCACAGGUGGUGGGUAGCGGCGGGCUGGUGGUGGGCCCGGCGGCGCUGCAGCUGCUGUCAGCGGGCGGCGGUCUACGCGUGCUGCAGGCGCCCCACGUACACACCAACGGUGUCACCACCGGCGAAAACAAUAGGAUAUCUAAAGAAAACGGCAUCGUCUCUCCCACACCCGUUUCGACAGUUUGUUGUGUUGCAGAGGGCGGCAGCGUUGUAGUGAGCGGUCUGACGCCGCUGGUUGUGUCGCAGCCUGCCGCUCACUUGCUGCAGACGCACACACUUACACAUAAGGUUGAAACCCAAAUGGUGAAGGGUAGCGUGGCGCCGCUGACGGUGAGCGCGCAGUACCUGAGCGCGACCACGAUCGUGAAGCCCGUGGUGGUGGUGUCGGGCGCGCACGGCACGGCGCCGCCGUCGUGAGGGCCCGCGCCGCCCGCGCCGCGCGCGCCGCCCCGCGCCCGCCCCGACCCUCCGCCUCUGCUCGCACACUACGGACCAAAAUCUACCACGAGUUUCGACUGACCCGCGACCACGCCUCGUCGCCGGGGACGGUCUUCGCGACACUGCCAAAUGUUAUCGAGCAAUAAUUCGGUUAUACGUACGUAGGACAGUCGCCGGGCGCGGUGCGCGUGCCGGCGGAGCGGCGCCCGAGCCGUGGACCGCGCUUCUUAUGUUAAGAUGGCGCGUUUGUGUAAAAAUGUAUUUAUGCAAUAUCUAUAUUUAGUGGACGUUAUUUUCAAAGACGGUGAUAGCAAAGUGACAAAUGGACGUGUGCGUCCGCACCGGCCGGACGGAGUGCGUGCGGCGCGUUAUAUUUUUCUACAGUUUAACGUUAUUCCGCAUUGUGAUUGAAUACAAUAAAUAUGAAAAUUAUUUAAUUUUUAUUUAUUUACUACCGAUGUAUAUUGGGAGCAAACGGAGCGGAUUCCUUUGGUGGUGACUUGGAGUUCGAUCGAGUCGUAUGCCUUGGCUAGUGUUUUGAAUACAAGCGUCCGUGCUAAGGUUGUUAGCUGUCAAAAUUAUGUAUACCAUAUUAGAGUAUAGACAGAUGAGACUCGUGCCUUACAAAAGAUUCAGUACAAAAGUCGUAUCCGAGUAUAGCUAGUUAAAUCGACUUUGACCAUCUAGUAGGUCUUUUGUAAGACACGACCGAUGAGGGUUUUCAUUUCGACACUGCCGAAUGUUAUAUGUACCUAUAGAGGAUAGAGGUAAUGUUAAGGAUAUAUUAAGUUUGCUGCCAUAGAGGCGAAACUAUGUAUAGGUUAAAGAUAAUAGAUAAAGAAAGUGAACUCGACUCAUUCGGAAACUUUUUUGUAACAUGAUAUGACUAUGCCUUAAUUUGAGUCAUCCAUACAGUUGAGUUUGACAGCUGUCAAACGAGUGAUCAAAAUGGCGGGAAGUGAAUACAUGGAAACCCUCAUAACCUAUUUGUAACGACUAUACAAUCAAAUUUUUUCCCAUUUACUGUGAAAAAAUGUAGAAUUAAACUAAAGUGUACUUGUUAUGUAUAGUAACUAACAAGAUAAAGUUUAUUUUUCUAUAUUAUCUGUGAUGUGUGCAGUUAGGUACUGGUAGUUACGGAAACUCUGUACAAAGACGUUUUUAUGUGUUGUCAAUUUCUAACAGUUGUGUUAAAGUAAUGUCAAUAAUGAAGAUUAGAUUUAAAGAACAUGUGGCUUAUUCGUGUCGCUAUACUGCAAUACGUAUGGACAUCCAUUGUGAUAGGCAUCAUGCACCAGGAGACCAGAAAUGCGAGGACGUCGACUAGUACUUCAACUGUCAUUGUGUUGUUAUUCCUAGCUUUCACAACCUUACUACUAAAAUAUUCCAUAACGUAAAUUAUAUUUGAGCUGUGACAAAAGCAUAAAGAGUAAUUUUAGUAAAACGUUGUAUUAAAUUAAUAAGGCUAAUGUAUUAAAGCAAUAUUAUAUGUAUGUAACUAUAUUUUCAUACUUAGCAUUUCAAGGUUAAAUUGCAUUUGCUUAACUUAAUUAUUGUGCGGAGAUUUAUUUUGAAUUGUUAAAGAGAACUUAGGAACGUAAAAUAGAAUAUUCCAGAUGUUUACUUCGCAUAAGUCCCAAUGAGCUAGUCGACGGGUCUCCGGUGCCGGCACGGGCCGCGCGGCCGUCCUCACUUUGUGCCUCGUUUUUAUGUGUAUUAAGGUGGAAACAUUGUUAAAAAGUGUACAUUCGCUCAUUAUAGUAAUGUAAAAGUUAAUUGUACAAUUAUUACUUCGCUUUAAAGAGUCCAGACCAAAA